AUGGCGUUCCGAACUAAUAUAAUGAGCUAUCUUGACAACUUCAAAGACCAGGAUGAAUUUUGGUAUGUACCACGGGAUGGUGAUGAGUCUGAGAAGGGGAAUGCAAAGAGGAAGUAUGACAAAUGGUGGCUUCCCACUGUCAAAGUUCCUCUAAAUGCGCUCUCUAAGGUCACCAGACGAUGGUUGUUAUACCAAAAAGAGUCCGUAAAGCAAGUUCUCAAGGCAGCUAUGGCUAUAAAUGCUCAGCUUAUGGAAAUAAAGGGAGGUCAAGCCUUGGAGAUGCAAUCUAUAAUUACUGUGGAAGUGUUUGACCCUGAAGAGUUUCUUGAAUCAAUGGACUUGUCUAUGAGGCAGCACGAGGUCCUUGACCUUAAAAAUCAGAUUGAAGCAUCCGUUGUAAUUUGGAAGAGGAAGAUGCACAAUAAGGAUGGCAAGCUAUCUUGGGGUUCUACCGUCAGCUUGGAGAAGAGGGGGCAAUUUGAAGACAGAGCAGAAACCAUCUUACACCUUAUCAAGCAAAGAUUUCCUGGCAUUCCUCAAUCAGCAAAAUCCAGUACAACAGAGUAA